AUGCCGGAGCAGAUGGGGGAUAAGCAGACCCUCAGGCUCUCUAAUGUUUGCAUGGUUGAGAAUGAAACCUGCACGAAUCAGUUUCAAGAAAAUGCAGAAAACUGCCAUGGAUUUUCUCCUGAACAACAACAAAUUGUUGCUGUCUCACUUACACAAAAGUUGAAUAUGUGUUAA